AUGGGGAAUGGAGGCGGUGGGGGCUCAGGCUCUGGCAGCCCCCUGGUGAUCCUGAGGGAUGUUUGGAGCAGCCCUGGAGCGCUGCCCCCGCUCAGGAGCAAGCCCAGGACCAUCCGGAUCAUCACCAAGGACGUGGUCAGGGAGCUCAUCGUUCCCCAGGAGAAGCCCCGCUCGCUGAUCGUGCCCAGGAAGGAUUGGGAGCAGCUGAAGGGAGCGGCCGAGGGGCUGAGCCGGGAGGAGCGCGGGGACAGGGCCAGGGCCCUGCAGGCCAAGCAGGACGCUGCCAAGGAGUUGCUGAGCCAGGCCCGGAGCGCGGAGCGGCGCAAGGCCGAGCUCCAGGACAGGAUGGAGCAGCGCCAGGACCUGCAGGAGGAGCGGCAGCAGCGGGAGCAGGAGCUGCUGGAGCGGGCCAGGAGGAUGAGGAUGGAGCAGGAGGAGGAGAUGAGGGAGCUCAACUCGCUCUUCCUGAACGCCAAGUGCCACAUGAUCCGGGACAGGCAAGUCCUGGAGAAGCGGCUCAUCCAGCAGGAGCUGGAGCAGGAGGAGAAACGCCUGGAAAAGCUGAUGGAAACGGAGCGGGAGAAGGGGCUGGGGAUGCAGGAGGAGCUGGAGCGCCGCAGGAAGGAGAUGCUCGUCAGGACCAGGCAGGAGAUCGUGAAGCAGAUGGAGGAGAGGGAGGCUGAGAGGGUGCUGAGGGCAGAGCAGAAGUACCAGGAGGUCCUGGCACGGCUGGAGCGCCUGGAGGAGAUGAGGAGGGAGGACCGGCAGGCCUGGGAGCGGAAGCAGGAGCGGAAAAGGCGAAUUUUCUCGGAGAUGAAGGAGGCGGACCGGGAGAACCAGCGGGUGCGGGACGGGCAGCGCCAGCGGGAGCGGCUGGAGGAGCAGAAGGUGCUGCAGUACCAGAGGCAGAAGAUGGAGCGCGAGGCGGCCGCGGAGGCGGAGCAGGAGCGGAUCCGCUGGGAGAAGGAGAAGGAGCUGGCCCGGCUCAGGGCCACCCAGCAGAGGGACCAGGACUGGCAGGCACAGAGGGACGCCCUGAGGACCAAGAGGAGCCAGGAGGCCGCGGAGCGGGAGUGGCGGCGGAAGGAGCUGGAGAAGGCUCGGAAAGAGGCCGAGCUGGUGCAGCAGCUGCAGCGGGAGCGCCGCGAGCAGGUGGCCCUCAAGAGGCACACCCUGGCCAUGCAGGUGGAGCAGGAGCGCCAGGAGUUCCUCAAGGUGCUCCGGGUGCAGCAGGAGCAGCAGGAGCGGGAGCGGCUGGAGCGGGAGCGGCGGGCGGGGCUGGCGCGCGCCCACGCCGAGGAGCUGCGGCAGCAGAUGCGGGAGCGGCGGCGGCGGCGGGAGCGGGAGCGGGCGGCCUCCCUCGAGGAGAGCCGGCAACACCAGCACCAGGCCCGGCAGCGCCGCCGCAGCCUCGCCCGCCUGGGGCAGGUCAAGCUGCACGAGCUGCGGGCCAGCGGGCUGCCCGACAGGUACUGCGCCCAGGUGGAGAGGAGGGCGGGGAGCCGCCUGCAGACUGACCCUGACUAGGGCUGCACCAGCAAGGACGGCUCCUGUAGGGCUGCACCGGCAAGGACCAGAUCCUGUAGGGCUGGACCGGCAAGGACCAGAUCCUGUAGGGCUGGACCAGCAAGGACCACCUCGUGUAGGAUCAUCCCAGCAAGAUCCAGCUCCUGUAGGGCCAGACCAGCAAGAAUUGGCUCCCACAGGACCAUCCCAGCCAGACCCAGCUCCUGUAGGGCUGGCCCAGCCAGAUCCAGAUCCUUUAAACCCAUCCCAGCCAGACCCAGCUCCUGUAGGACCAGCCCAGCCAGAUCCAGCUCCUGUAGGACCAUCCCAGCAAGAUCCAGCUCCUGCAGGACCAUCCCAGCAAGAUCCAGCUCCUGCAGGACCAUCCCAGCAAGAUCCAGAUCCUGUAGGACCAGCCCAGCAAGAUCCAGCUCCUGUAAAUCCAUCCCAGCAAGAUCCAGCUCCUGUAGGACCAUCCCAGCAAGGACCAGAUCCUGUAGGACCAUCCCAGCAAGAUCCAGCUCCUGUAGGGCUGGACCAGCAAGGACCAGAUCCUGUAGGACCAUCCCAGCAAGAUCCAGCUCCUGUAGGACCAUCCCAGCAGGAAUUGGCUCCUGUAGGACCAGCCCAGCCAGAUCCAUCCCCCCUAGGCCCGGCCCAACAGGACUCCCCUGUGGCUGUCCCAGCUCUGGGGUCGCAGCUCCAUCGACUCGGUUACCCAGGAGGUGUCUCUGGAGCCGAUGGUUUCCUCCAUCCUCCCCCUUGCUCUUUCCCAUCCCAUUUUCCAGCCUUCCCUCGUUGUUUUCCAUCCUUCCUUUGUUGUUUCCCAUCCU